CGGAGAAACCUCGUCGCCAACAAGCCCGGCUGGGCUAGAAGAGAGAAUACUAACAUUCAACAGGUUUAACUACGACUGCAAGAAAGUCAGUAUUUGUUUGGUUCUUUCGGUCGUUAUGCUUGCUUUCUUUCCUUGCCGGCGGGUCUGUUUCUUUGCUCACCUAUCCGUUUCUCCUCGCCAGACCCCGUGGACCAACUCCCUCUAUCCUCGAUAUCCCAACUGACCCGCCCGGCUGCCACAAAGCAUCAUGCCAACCACCCCCAUCGCCAGCAGGGUGGCUACCCAAACACCCUUGAAGUCUACGCCCAAGAACACACCCCCAGUGACCGACAGCCCCGGAACGUGGCGUCACCCUCGACUCGACGAGAUCGCCAGGCGACGCAACGCAACGACUUUUUCCGAUAAGAACGUUCGCAGGAUAUUCUGGAGUGUCCUAGCCAUUGUCGGUAUAUGGGCUGUGCAGGUCGGCCUACGGUACUUCAUCGGUCCUGAGCUUAUCAAAGGUCCAACACGCACCUACCUCGGCUGGGCCCGCCUCGCGCUACAGUCGAUACCGCUCGUCAACAUCGGCUUCGCCGUGCUGCCCCUGCUGCGACCCAACGACAACCUCGACGACAUCCCGCUCACCGCGGCCCAGCGAAAGCUGCUGGGCCUGCCGGCUGGCUCCAAGCCUUCCACGCCGAACGCCACCUACAGCACCCCGCCUCGGUACUCGAGGACCCCGUCUCUGGCCGGGUCGGUGGCCAGCAACCGGAGCUACACCAGCUCCCCGUUGUCGGGACGAGGAAGCCCGAUCAAGUCCGGCGGAUCCCCCUUUUCGCCUGCGAACAACAGCCCGUCCAAGUUCGCCAACAGCAUCGCCAACCGGCGAUCCUCCUUCGGCUCUCCUACCCCUUUUGCGGCGAGUACGGCAUCGAGCCUCUUCCCGGAUACGACGCCUAGUCCUUUGGCGGGGAAGCGUACCAGCGUUGGUCUUAACAACAAGUGGCUCUACGAAAGAGGAAGGCGGUCCUCGGGUGGGACGUGGCUUCAGUGAGCUUGGCCUAUGAAGUAAGCGGGUGUCGAGCAUGGGAAUGGGGAUGGCAAAUACGAAAGGAAAGACCAGAGGCCGGAACGGAACUAUUAUAUAUCUUUGGCCCUCCCACGAUAAAAUCUAGAUAUGAAACCCAAGACUGGGGUGAUUUCUGUCUAGUAGAUGCCGCCCGGGCCAGUUUAAGGGGGAAGCGGCAUCAGCCUUCGCAUAAAGCGGUUAAUGAGUUGAGUUCAGCAUGGGACAUCUUUAAAGAAGCUACGAUGUCUGCUCUACUGUGGGAAUGAACCAAUCCAAUAGACACUGCACUUGAAGACUUUCGACGUCUUUUUUUAUUUAUUCUUUUUUUCCCCCUUCUUUUCCUGCU